AUGGUGAGGAGCUUUACUAGAGGUAUGGCAUGUAAAGGACCACAAAAAAUGGAAGAUUAUUUCAAAGACAAAAAAAUUAUAGUCACUGGAUCUUGUGCUGGAAUGGGCGAAAAAAUUACAGAGAGAUUACUAGAUUUGGGCGCAUUUGUCUACGCAGUGGUAGAGAAAGAGGAAGGAGCUGCUAAAGCAUUACCGAACACAAAACAAAUAUUUUGUGAUGUUUCAAAAUGGGAUGACACUUAUAAGAAAAUGUACGACAUCGGACCAGUACAUGGAUUGGUCAACAAUGCUGGUGUAGCUGUUAUUGAACCAUUUUUUGAAGUCUCUGAAAAUGGUUGGGAUAAGACUCUGAAUGUUAAUGCCAGAGCCUUAGUGAGAAUAAGUCAGGCAGUGGCCAAAAACAUGAUUAAUGCCGGUAUCAAAGGAUCAAUUGUGAAUAUUUCUUCAACAAUUUCAACGAGAGCCAUACCCGAUCAUACAACAUACUGUGCAUCUAAAGGAGCUGUGAAUCAAAUAACCAGAACAAUGGCAAUCGAGCUGGGUAAAUGUGGGAUUCGUACUAACAGCGUAAAUCCAACUGUCGUGUUGACCAGUAUGGGUAAAAUUGCUUGGUCAGAUCCCGAAAAAUCCGAACCCAUAAUGAGACGAAUCCCACUUGGAAGAUUUGCAGAAACCGAUGACAUUGCGAACGCUGUGAUUUUCAUGCUCAGUGACUAUUCUACCAUGGUUAAUGGAACGUCCCUCGUAGUUGAUGGCGGGUUCUUGGCAGGAUAG